UCCUCCUCGUUGCAGAAAUGGAUCAGAUCCCUCCCGCACCUUCUCCUUUGGCCCCGCCUGAAUUCUUGGAGCGGUUGCUAGGAGACGAGGAGACGCUACGCCAAUCGGCGGAGUCUGCUGCCAGGCUGGGAGAAGCGAAGGGAGCACCAUGGAGAUAGUCUAUGUUUACCUGAAGAAGCGCAGUGAGUUUGGGAGACAAUGCAACUUUUCAGACCGGACGGCGGAGGUCAAUGUGGACAUUCUACCAGAUCCAGUGCAAGCUAUGAAUUUUAUUGAAAGAGAUCCCAUUGACACUGGAAUUCAGUGUGCCAGUAGCAUGUCAGAGCAUGAGGUUAACACAGAAAGGUUUGAAAUGGAAACUCGAGGCAUUAAUCAUCUGGAAGGUGGGUGGCCAAAAGAUGUCAACCCACUGGAAAUGGAGCAGACCAUUCGUUUCCGGAAGAAAGUUGAGAAGGAUGAAAAUUACAUCAAUGUCAUUACGCAGCUUGGCAGUUUUAUGGAUCAUUGGAUCAAGCAGAAUAAUGCUAUCAAUAUUUACGAGGAAUACUUCGAGGAAGAGGAGUUGGUAGGAAUUAGUGAUGAAGCUCCAUCUGCAAAAACAAUCAAUGUUUUCAGGGAUCCAAACCUCAUCAAAAGAACAGCCACACAUCUCUCCUGGCACCCUGACAGAAGUCGAAAACUGGCAGUAUCUUAUUCCAGCUUAGAGUUUCAACGGAGUUCAAAAGAUAUGAGCUUUGACUCAUAUAUUUGGGAUCUGGAAAUCCCUAACAGACCAGAAAUGGUUAUCCGACCCACCUCACCUCUUGUUAGCUUAGAAUACAAUCCCAAGGAUUCCCAUAUCUUGAUUGGGGGAUGCUACAAUGGACAGAUUGCUUACUGGGAUACCCGUAAAGGAGGACUGCCAGUGGAAUUGACCACUGUUGAGCUUGGUCAUCGUGAUCCAGUAUACAGCGUGAUCUGGUUACAAUCAAAAACUGGAACUGAUUGCUUCUCUGGUUCCACCGAUGGACAGGUCUUGUGGUGGGACAUUCGUAAGCUAUCAGAGCCCACAGAAACACUGGUAAUGGAUAUCAGCAGGAAAGGAAUCUUGGAAAAUGCAUUAGGAGCCAUUUCCCUGGAAUUUGAACCAACUAUGCCAACCAAGUUCAUGGUGGGAACAGAGCAAGGCAUGGUGAUUUCUUGCAACCGUAAAGCCAAGACACCUGCUGAAAAAAUUGUCUGCACAUUCAGUGGGCACCAUGGACCCAUCUAUUCCCUUUCUAGAAAUCCUUUCUACCCCAAGAACUUUUUGACAGUGGGGGAUUGGACUGCACGCAUCUGGUCGGAAGAGAGCAGAGAAUCCUCAAUCAUGUGGACUAAGUAUCAUAUGGCUUACAUCACAGAUGGAUGCUGGAGCACCACUCGGCCAGCUGUCUUCUUCACCACCAAAAUGGAUGGGACUCUUGAUGUCUGGGACUUCCUGUUCAAACAAAAUGACCCUACGCUCAACUUGAAGGUCUGUGAUGACCCUCUUUUCAGCCUGCGCUUACAGGAUAAUGGGCGUUUUAUUGGCUGUGGCUCCAAGCUGGGUACUGUGACACUGCUGGAAUUCUCUUCUGGCCUCUGCACUUUGCAACGGAAUGAGAAGAAUUUGGCCUCUGCAAUGUUUGAGCGAGAGACUAAGCGGGAGAAGAUUCUGGAGGCACGGCACCGUGAAAUGCGUCUAAAGGAAAAAACAAAGGCUGAAGGAAAGGAUGAAGAUGCCAAAGAAGAGGUGGCGGAUGAGAAACCUACAGAGACCCUCGAACGUGUACGAAAGGAGUUCUUUGAUAUAAUUGAAGGAGAGCUGAAGCGCAGAGAGCGAGCACGGGCCAAGAUGAAGACUUAUACAGGCCAGGACCAAGAAGAUGAAGAUGCUGAGGAAGAACUAAUCUUUCCAAAGGCCAGUAUUCCUUUCACUUUCCCUCAUACUCUUUCGUUUAUAGAAUGGGAAUUUUACUUUAUGACCUCUUUGAUAUUUAAGAUGCUUAGGACCAAUGACAGCCUCCUCUUUUAGAAGAUAUAUCCAGACUCCUUCAGUUAAUGGCAUUUGCCCAAUGGGCAUUUUUCCCACUAAACUGGCCAAAGAAGGAGUAUCAGUAAUUUCCCUAAAAUAGCUGUACUGGUUCUAAGCAAAAUGCCAUAUCCAUUUUAGGAUAUGUUUACCAAGUAAAUUGAAAGGACAAAGAUGUGACCAUCUCACAAUCAAUUCAUUUGGCAAAGUGUGGCAGGAUUUAAGAGAUAUGGUGUGUGUAUAGAUUGUCUACACAGGAACAACGUAAAACCAGGAAAGAUGAAAGACAGUUUACACACCCACCUUAUCUCCUGGCCAAGAGUUGCACCAGCAAUUGCUUAGAGGUGGUGAAACCAAGGCAAGAGCUGGACCAACAAGGGGAAGUUUCCUUUCCCUUCCUCGGCUGGGCUACGCUUCCACAACUGCUGCUUAUACAGUACUUGUGUUCCGCAUUAUACAGUCGCUCCUUCCUGUGUCUUGUUCCGACACAGGAAAGAAGAAAUAGAUUUUUAGGCUUGAAUCAGGAUAUUUGGUGAGUCUUUUUAACACAGAGUUGGAACUUGCAUUGGGUGGACAGGAUGUCAUCAAGACCCCCCCCCCUUUAAUUCACUUCAAAGUGAAUUAUAGUCCCUGUGUGGAUGUGGCCUGUCUUAAUAUUAGACCUGUUGUCUAGCAGGUGAUCUGAGAUGGAGUGAGGACAAAGGGAUCUUGCAAGUGUUGAAAUGGAUCUCUGGCUGCUAGCCAAUGCCAUAAGGGUUUUAGAGCGGGAUCUACACUGCCCUGUAUCCCAGGGUCUGAUCCCAGAUUAUCUUCUUUGAAAUUGAUUAUCUAAGUCUCCACUGCCAUAUAAACUGGGAUAAGCAGAUAAUCUGGGAUCAAAUUUUGGGAUAUAGGGCAGUGUAGAUCCAGCCUAGAUUUCACCCAGAGCCAUUACUAGAAAUACUGGGAAUAACCAAGACAGAUUCAAUCUUCCAUUAACAAAAACUAUCUAAAAUAGGAGUGACUUCUAAUAGUCACCAAGCCACAAUGCCCUGUACAUUUAUGUAGUGUAACAUCCAUUGUAGUAGUUUUCACAGAAAUAGCAUAUCAAUUUUGCAGCAUAAAAAGGAGGAAAGGUGAGUUUUAAAAAGAGAAUGUGGUAGCACCGUAAAGACUACCUGAUUUUCAUUUUAGCAUGAGCCUUCAUGGAUAUAAAAAAACCCAUUUCUUCAGAUCUAGUGGAGUUAGAUUAAAGCCUCCAGUAUAAAGCAGAUUUAUACAGUUGUGUGACAUAUAUAAAUAUAUAUAUAUGCUUUAUGAAUUUUUAAUAUCACUUAGUACUGCAUUUGAAGAUGUGGGUUCAUAUUCAGGAAAUUUUGUGCUAAAAUGAAAACCAGUUAGCUUUAAUGGUGCCGCAAUAUUCUAUUCCCCCCUUCCUUUCUCCUAUUUAUUAUUCAAUAUUUAUUAUCUAGUAGGAAAUACAAAAUAUUUGAUCAGCUGCAUCUCUAGGUAUUUAUCCCUAAAGACUAUGUGUAUAUGUCUCAGUCAAUUUUCAGUUUUAUCCAGAAUGUGAUAUUUGUUGCAGGGACUGGUUUUGGAAGAGCUUUACUGUUAGGGAGAACCUGAAAAAAACAAACCUUUCUGCUUUUACUGCAGGAGGAAGAGGAGGACGAGGAGGAGGAGAAAGAAAAGGAAGAAGAGGAAGAGGAAUGAUUCCUGGAGUUGGUACACUUGCCUUUUGGACUUUGUCCUUUUUUAUUUUUACUCAAGAGACUAUAUUAAUAAAUGCAGGAGCAUUUUAGACCUUUAUUUUCUCCUCCAUCUUAAUCAGAACCAGUGUCCAACUGAGAAUCUGAAUGUCUUUGCCAUGGAAACUCACUAAAAUCUUCAAUGUCAGAGGGAUUAAAAUAAUAUUAGAUUACAUGAGAUAGUUGGAUUAUGACACUUGACAGAGAACCAUCAGAAGAAUUUCAGCAUACAACUCUAUUAAGUAUUACAUGCAGGACAAAAUCCAUGAAUAAAGAAUGAUAGUAACAAA